GCCCACCACCCGCGCAUGCCCCGCGAGAGACAGGCAGGCCGCAGGCGCACGUGGUGGCUUAUCCGGUUAUCCCCUCCCCUCACAUCCCGCACAACCCGCACCAGCACCACGGCGGAGUUCCAGGGGAAGGUGGGGUUCCUGGGGCUCGGGAUCAUGGGCGCGCCCAUGGCGUCCAACCUCAUCAGGGCGGGCUGCGACGUUACGUUGUGGAACAGGACCAAGAGCAAGUGUGAUCCCCUCCUCAGCCUCGGUGCCAAGUACGUGCCUUCACCGGCUCAAGUCGCUUCGUCUUGCGACGUGACCUCUGCGAUGCUUGCUGAUCCACAAAGUGCGGCUGAGGUUGCAUGCGGGGCCGGCGGAGCUGCAGAAGGGUUGGCCCCAGGGAAAGGGUAUGUCGAUGUGUCGACGGUUGAUGGUGCUACAUCCAAGCUGAUCGGAGAACGUAUCACAAGUACCAGGGCAUCUUUCCUUGAGGCUCCAGUUUCAGGCUCGAAAAAGCUCAUCUUUCUUACUGCAGGUGAUGAAUCGUUGUACAAGAGAGUGGCGCCCCUCCUUGAUGUCAUGGGGAAGUCAAGAUUUUAUCUCGGAGAUGUAGGCAAUGGUGCUGCUAUGAAGCUCGUCGUUAACAUGGUCAUGGGAAGUAUGAUCGUUUCCUUCUCAGAAGGGUUGCUCCUGAGUGAAAAAGUUGGCUUAGACCCUAAUACUCUUGUUGAGGUUAUUUCACAGGGAGCUAUCAGUGCUCCCAUGUUCUCCCUGAAGGGCCCAUCCAUGGUUAAAGCUGCAUACCCUACUGCCUUUCCUCUGAAGCAUCAACAAAAGGAUCUGAGGCUUGCGCUGGCCCUGGCGGAGUCAGUGUCCCAGUCCAUUCCUACUGUUGCAGCAGCCAACGAGUUGUACAAGGCUGCGAAAUCGCUUGGCCUCGCUGACCAUGACUUCUCGGCGGCUAUCGAAGCGCUCAAAGCCAAAGUGCAGAGCUCGCAGCAGCAGUAGUUUGUUGAGCUCAGCUGCCAACUGCCAUUGAGGCAUUAUUUUUGUCCUUGUAACAGAUGACGAAGUUUAAACCUGGGGAAUUUCUCAAGAUCGCUACACAAGAUUUUUCACUGUUAUACAUACAUUGAACGAUUUUUUUAUAUUUGUAAAAAAGAAUUUCAAUUUAUGGCA